GCGUGAGUUCUGUGGGACGUGGAAGCCGUGUACCUGCCUGCAGCUCCUCUCUUCUCUUCUCUCUCAGCUCUCAGCCUGAACCAGCAGCAGCAGCAGCAUCAUUCCUCCUCCUCUUCCUCUUCCUCUCGUGUCGUGGACCUUUAAACCAAACAAGGCUCAAAGAUGUCCCAGAAGAUCAAGGCCGGCUCCGUGGUGGAGAUGCAGGGAGAUGAGAUGACUCGAGUCAUCUGGGAGCUCAUUAAGGAGAAACUCAUCUUCCCGUACAUGGAUCUCGACCUGCACAGCUACGACCUCGGUAUGGAGAACCGAGACGCCACAGACGACAAGGUGACAGUUGAGGCGGCGGAGGCAGUCCGGCGUUACAACGUGGGUGUCAAGUGCGCCACCAUCACGCCAGACGAGAACCGCGUGGAGGAGUUCAAGCUGAAGCAGAUGUGGCGUUCGCCCAACGGCACCAUCCGUAACAUCCUGGGAGGCACGGUGUUCAGGGAGCCAAUCCUCUGCAAGAACAUCCCCCGCCUGGUGCCGGGCUGGAUGAAGCCCAUCGUCAUUGGCAGACACGCCCACGGAGAUCAGUACAAAGCCACAGACUUUGUGGUGCCUGGGCCUGGGAAAGUGGAGAUGACCUACACGCCCGAAAACGGCGAGCCAGUUAAAUAUGUAAUCUAUGACUUUAAAGGCACAGGCGGUGUAGCCAUGGGGAUGUACAACACAGAUGCGUCCAUCAGGGACUUUGCCCACAGCUCCUUCCAGAUGGCUAUCAACAAAAGCUGGCCUCUCUACCUGAGCACCAAGAACACCAUCCUGAAGAAGUACGACGGCCGCUUCAAAGACAUCUUCCAGGAGAUCUACGAGAAGGAAUACCGUGCUCAGUUCGAGGCCAGAAAAAUCUGGUAUGAGCACCGUCUGAUAGAUGACAUGGUGGCCCAGGCCAUGAAAUCUGAGGGAGGCUUCAUUUGGGCCUGCAAGAACUACGAUGGAGACGUACAAUCUGACUCUGUGGCGCAAGGCUACGGCUCCCUGGGUAUGAUGUCCAGUGUGCUGAUCUGUCCUGAUGGACGCACAGUGGAGUCUGAGGCCGCCCACGGCACAGUGACUCGCCACUACAGACAACACCAGCAGGGGAAAGAGACCUCCACCAAUCCCAUAGCCUCCAUCUUUGCGUGGACGCGGGGUCUGCUCCACCGGGCAAAGCUGGACAACAACACAGAGCUAAGAGUGUUCUCCGAGGCGCUGGAGGCCGUUUGCAUCGAGACCAUCGAGGCCGGUUUCAUGACCAAGGAUUUGGCUAUCUGCAUCAAAGGCCUAUCAGGAGUGACACGUGUCGACUACUUGAACACCUUUGAGUUCCUGGACAAGCUGGCAGAGAACCUGAAGAUUAAGCUGGCUAACCCACCCAAACUGUGAUCUCACCUUCCAGCCUCAGCCGUUAAACACAGACACACACACACACAUUCAAACACAUACAGAGACAUCUACACAGCUACUGGAGUCAACACUGGAGCAGGGAGGAGCGUGCCCAGGAGGUCUACAGACUGAAACCAUGUCAUUCCCUAACUGGGGGUCUGAUCGAGCCUUGUCCAGAAGGAUCAUCCCUGUUAAUGCAUCACCAGUAGACAGCCAUACUUGUGACGGCGAAGACAGUCUCCAGGACUGACAACUGGGCGAGUGACCUGAUGGAUCAGUGACCUUGUUUACCCUGAUUGCACGAGGUCGCCUGAAGUGAGUGUGUGUUGUCAGUAUUUGUUGGUGAUCUGUGCAACAGACGGGGGACAGAAUCUGUCCGAGGGAGCCUCCGGACCCUCACUGCCUUAUUCGUUUUGUGUCAAAGUCAUCGGUUGAUUCUUGUCAUCUCCUUUUGUCUUGUAAUAUUUUAUCAAUACCUCAAGCAACAUUUAAUGUUUUAGUGCCAGCUAAAAAACACAACAAUAGCACAGUUUUUUUUUACUAAUGAAACCCCUCAGCAUGGUAGUAGAGCGGCCGUGCAUUUCAUAAAGGUUUACUGUUAUGCAGCACGAAGCACAACUUGUAAACGAAUACAUUGCUUUUAGAUUUUGUACUGCGUUAACUUUACUAGUCAGUUGUUUAAGAGGUGUAUUUAUUCGUCCUUCCUGUGUGUGUGCGUUCAUCCAGUAUGUCCUGCCAAAAAAAUCAUCAAAUCUGUUGGUUUAUAAUCAAUAACUAUGCCUGUGAAGUCCUAAUAUAACUCAAAAUAAAGGAGUUUUUGAAAAAAA